UGUAGAAUAUGUUAUAUAGUACGUUUCAUUAAAAAAAAAAACAUAUAUAUAGUACGUUUGAGUUUGGUUUAUGUUCAUUUAUUGAAGCUAGGUGGGUAUGGCAGAAUCAGAUGAUGAAUCAGGUGGUCAAGCUUCAGGGAGCAGAGAAUUACUGCAAGAAAGGCUUCUUCCCAUAGCAAACGUGGGUAGGAUCAUGAAGAAAGCGUUACCGACGAGAGCAAAGAUAUCGAAAGAAGCUAAAGAAACGAUGCAAGAGUGUGUAUCAGAGUUCAUAAGCUUCAUAACAGGUGAAGCAUCUGAAAAGUGUCAGAAAGAGAAGAGGAAGACAAUAAACGGUGAUGAUCUUGUGUGGGCCAUGACUACACUUGGCUUUGAAGAAUAUGCAGAGCCUCUUAAGGGUUAUCUUCUCAAGUAUAGGGAAAUUGAAGGAGACAAGAAUUUCUCUAUGAAUAUGAUUGGUAGUAAUAAGGAGCAGGAAGGUAGUAUUCAUCGAUUCUUCCAAGGUUAAUUAUAUUUGCAACAACUAAUAGCAGGUUUAUUUGUUUAUUUAUGCCUCCUUUUGAGGCUUUUAAUGUUUGAUUGCAGAACUAUACACUAGUUUGUUAUUGUUGUUUGUAUUUUUGUUGUUGAGAUUAUAAUAUACACAUUAAGUAUA